UUUCCAAAUCCAAAAUUGUGGAAUAAAAAUCCAUCUUCUUCAUUUGCUGGUCCACACUUAUAAUCUGAAACAAACCCACCUUUCUCUCUCCUCCUCCUCACUCACACAUUACACACAAAAUACACAAUCACAUACUUCAAUCAGAAGAAGAAUUCUCUCACAACACUCAAACCAACAAACAAAAAAAGAAAAAAAAAUCCAACACAAAACUACAUUAUAGUCUUUCUAUCAAUUCAAACAAUUAACAACCCUUUAUAAUUUCUUCAAUCCCAAUACUAUAUAUUAUAUAAAAAAAAAGUAUUAUUUCAACUAAUUUAUUUAAAACCUCACAAAUUUCUCUGGCCUAAAAACACCCACCAACAAUAAUGUCAGCUUCCCUCUCCGUACGGCCCACAACUCCGGGCUUUCAUCGGGCCACGGCCCAACCCAGUUGGCACAGGCGUUGUUGGGCCGUCUCUAUACCCUCCAGGCGCACGUUAGCACCGGGCAUCGUGGUUCGGGCCGGGUCUCGGGCCGAUGAUUCGGCGCCGUUUGGCAUGUCGGUGGAGAACGCUUUGAAGCUUCUGGGUGUUUCAGAUGGAGCUUCUUUUGAUGAUAUUUUGCGUGCCAAGAAAUCAAUUUUAGCUUCUUGUAAAGAUGACCCUCAAACUGUUGCUCAGGUAGAAGCUGCAUAUGAUAUGUUGCUCAUGCAGCGCUUAACACAGCGCCGAGCUGGAAAAGUUGUGAACAACAGCGUUCGCUACGCUGAUGUCAAACCUGUUAGCUCUUCUGGUAUAGGGACUAUGCCUCAAUGGCUGCAGACAACAAUGAAGAGUCCUCCUGUAGUGGUUGAAAAACCACCUGUAUCAGACUUAGGAGUACAAGCCGGUGUCUAUGGCGCAAUGAUGGUUUUGACUUAUAUCAAUGGAACAUCUUCAUCUGCAGGAGGGGUGGCUGGGGCAGAUGUUCCAGGGUUUAUUCUAGCCACCAGUUUCGGAGCAUCCUUGUACUUCAUGAGCAAAAAGAAUGUGAAGUUAGGGAAAGCAACCCUUAUAACCGUGGGUGGACUUGUAGCCGGGGCAGUUGUUGGUUCAGCUGUUGAAAAUUGGCUGCAGGUAGAUCUUGUUCCAUUUCUUGGUCUGCACUCUCCUGCAGCAGUUAUUAGUGAAUUCAUCAUCCUUUCUCAGUUUUUUGUCUCUCUAUAUCUUAGAUAGGCUCUAACAAAGUUGUAAUUACGUGUUGCAAUCAGAUAUCACAGACUCGUAGCUUUUUCUUUUUGCUUGUAUCAUAUCCUGGCAUUUUUAGGAUGUGUAGCUUAUGUUAUGUACAAAUGAGAUAUAGCAGAAUCUUAAAUUAAUUGAAGUUAAUAUUAUGUGCAAUUCGUAGUA